GAUCUGAUCUGCAAGGCUGGGUGCUGUUCCUGGUGGAUCGUUGUUUGAAUCGGCGUCGCCGUCGGGAAUUGGUGAUUUGAUCUGACCGAGCUGUUGAGAGUGCGUGCGAUGUGAUGUGAUGCUACUUCCCAUGGGUCUUGUGUGUUUCUGGGUUUGUUGGAAUUAGAGGAAGAGGAGGUGGGUAUCGACAGAGAUGCAAAAGAGUGGGAGUCUUUCGAAAAGCAAUAAUAGCCUUUGGGUUUCAGUGCCUCAGCAGCCUUUGAGGAGAAUGGGACUGUGUUCGCCUGGCGGAGGGCACGCUGCGUCGCCGGUCGUGUUCCCCGAGAAGCGGAACAAGGUUAAAAAUGCGGCGUCGAGGCAGAAUAUAAGUCCGAUGAGCGUCGGCGUCGGCGUCGAUGAUCCUUUUAAAGUGAAGAAGGCAGAGGAGCACAGGAUUGAUAUAAUUGGAGGAGGCGGUGGAGAUGAGAUGUCUGAUUUGUUGGGUUACGUUGUUUAUGCUGGGAAGCUUGUUUUAGAUAAGAGAAAGAAUGUGUAUGACAAGAAUGGCAAGGAUGGACAACAAAAUUCAGCUGAAAUAAGUACCCUAGAAGGUGCUGUUGACGCUAAACUUACCAGCAAGGCUUUCGUCUGGGGCUCCCAUGUCUUGCCACUCGAUGACGUUGUCUCGGUGUCCUAUAAUGCUGGACUGAGACAUUUCACAGUGCAUGCUUACCCUGAAAGGAAUGGGUCUUGUGGCUUCUUUUGUUUCAUGAAAGGUCAAAAGAGAAGUCGCAAGGACUUCUGUUUUGUGGCUUCUAGCAAAGAAGAGGCAAUUCAAUGGGUGGGUGGCUUUGCUGACCAGCAAUGCUAUGUCAAUUGUUUGCCACACCCACUGGUUUCAUCAAAGAAGCAAGCUUCUUCAGAAUUGCUUCCGAUUGACCCUCCACCUGAAUUAAUUUUCAGAUGCAAGAAUCCUCCCAGAAUGCUUGUCAUUUUAAACCCACAGUCUGGACGGGGUAAAUCGAGUAAAGUCUUCUACAGAAUGGCUGAGCCAAUAUUUAAGCUCGCAGGAUUCCAGCUGGAGGUAGUUAAGACUACUCAUGCUGGUCAUGCUAAAAGUCUAGCUUCUAGUGUUGACUUCAGCACCUGUCCUGAUGGAAUAAUAUGUGUUGGAGGUGAUGGAAUUGUCAAUGAGGUUCUGAAUGGAUUGCUUAGUAGGGAUAACCAGAAAGAAGGAAUUUCCAUACCUAUGGGAAUAAUACCUGCUGGUUCUGAUAAUUCACUUGUUUGGACUGUUUUGGGAGUCAGGGAUCCAAUUUCUGCAGCUUUAGCUAUUGUGAAGGGUGGUUUAACUGCUACAGAUGUUUUUGCUGUUGAAUGGCUUCAAAGUGGUGUCAUUCACUUUGGGAUGACUUGUGCAUACUAUGGUUUCGUCAGCGAUGUAUUGGAGAUGUCUGAGAAAUAUCAGAAGCGCUUUGGUCCUCUGCGAUACUUUGUGGCUGGUUUCCUGAAGUUCCUUUGUUUGCCAAAAUACAACUAUGAAGUGGAAUAUCUUCCAGCACUGAAAGAAGAUCAGGAUGGAAAGCUCUCUACUGAACGUCAAGCAGUUGACAUGACAGACCUGUACAAUGACGUUGUGAGAAGGUCAAGCAAAGAAGGCAUGCCUAGAGCAUCCAGCUUAUCAAGUAUUGACUCGAUAAUGACCCCAAGCCGGAUGUCUGGUGGAGAUCCGGAUACAACCUGCAGUAGCACUCAUGCUAGCACUGAACCAUCUGACUAUGUUCGUGGCAUAUCCAAACGCCUGUCAUCUGGAAGAAACAAUGUUGCUGCUGAACCCGAAGUUAUUCAUCCCCAAAAUCCCCUGUCAACAACUCCAAACUGGCCGAGGACAAGGUCAAAGUCAAGGACAGAUAGAGGAUGCUCGGGGCUGCAAGCUACACAUGAUCGGACAUGGGGGAAUGCUGCGACAAAUGAUAAAGAAGAUAUCUCAUCAACAAUGUCUGAUCCAGGUCCAAUUUGGGAUGCUGAACCAAGGUGGGACACUGAGCCUAAUUGGGUUGUAGAAAACCCAAUAGAAUUGCCUGGGCCUCCAGAUGAUAUAGAAACUGGAGUUAAGAAAGAACUCAUACCUAGAUGUGAAGAGAAGUGGGUAGUUACUAAGGGACAGUUCCUUGGCAUAUUGGUGUGUAACCAUGCCUGCCGAACUGUUCAAAGCUCUCAGGUGGUGGCACCAAAAGCUGAGCCUGAUGACAACACCUUAGAUAUGCUUCUAGUUCGUGGAAGUGGGAGGUGGAGACUUUUGAGAUUUUUUGUGCGUCUUCAGAUGGGUGGACACCUUGAGCUACCAUAUGUGGAAUACAUAAAGGUAAAGUCAGUGAAGAUUAAAGCCGGGAAGCACACGCACAAUGGCUGUGGCAUCGAUGGUGAGCUCUUUCCUCUUAAUGGACAGGUCAUCUCUUCUUUGCUUCCAGAACAAUGCAGAUUAAUUGGUCGCUUCCCGAGCCAUCGCAUAUAAUAAUAGCCAAAAGCUCCUUUCGUAUUCUUUUGCUGUGAUACCAGGGACUUGUGAUCUCAAAAUUUUGUCAAAAGCAUGUGCAUUUCCUCUAUACAUAUCAGGGGACAAUCUUCUCUUCCGCUUCAAUUUGUUUCUCCCAGUCAAGUCCCUGUAAAUUCUGUGUAAUGUAAACAGCUGCCCCUUUUUGGUUUGACACUCGGUCUCUUCUAUCGAUGUGUACGGAUGUCCCAUGUUUUUCAUAUGGGUGCGAGCUGGUUAACGUGAACGUGUGAGAAAUAUAUGCUACUUUCUGCAGCGAUUCAGUUUACUCCCCAAAACAUGGAUUGUAGAAGCUUUUGGUUGUUU